AUGGUUGCUGGGCACCCUUUUGCUGGUUACGCUGAUCAUGUUUUUACCAUGGACCCAGAACAUACGUGCAAAAGGAAAUAUCACCGGCCUGCGGCAGGAGCAGAGGCCGCAGGAAAUAAACAGUGUUUUGGCAGGCCGGGUAGUAAAAUGCGUACGCAGGAACAGAUUACGGCCAAACAACAGAGCGCAGAGGGCUACAAAAACAAGGCCGGCACUACCGUUACACAACUGCAGGCCCUGGAGCAGGCAAGGCAGCUAAAAAUACAGUCACUUCAAAAUAAAAUGCAGCAGCAGGAAUUGAAAAUCAGAACAGAUGAAGCCGAUAUACAGGCGCUAAACAAUGAAUUAGAUGUGUAUAAAAGGCAAAUUGAAGGCGCAAAAAUAAUGCUCGACAGCGGAGUGCUGUCAUUGACUGAUUUUGAAAAACGGAAAGUUAAUUAUCAGAAUGGACUGGCAAAGAUGACCAGUGCCAAUAACAAGCUGUUGCAGGAUAAACAGGAAUUACUGAACCUGCAGAUUGAACGGAAUGCAGCCCAGCAGGACUACGCUGAUAAAAUAGCAAAAACCACCGGCGAGCAAUUUGGUUCCAUCUCCAGUGCCGCAAGUACUGCUGCAGAAGUGGCUAAACUGCAAAACCAAUACGCCAGCUACGAAGCACGGAAUAAACUUUAUUUUAUAACUGCACCACAAAACGGGCAGGUAACCAAAGCAAAAAAAGCAGGUAUUGGUGAAUUACUGAAAGAAGGAGAAAUGCUGAUAGAAAUGGUACCCGACAAAAUACAGUUUGCCGUGGAAAUGUUUAUAAACCCUAUGGACUUACCCCUUAUUUCACCGGGCCAAAAAGUGAGGUUUAUUUUCGAUGGUUUUCCGGCCAUUGUAUUCAGCGGUUGGCCAGCCGGCAGCUUUGGCACUUUUGGUGGAAAAGUAAGUGCCAUUGAAAAUGCAGCAGGCCAGGAUGGAAAGUUCCGCGUACUGGUAACGGAAGAUCCGGAAGACAGACCCUGGCCAAAAAGACUAAGAGUUGGUGGCGGGGCCAACGGCAUUUCGCUGUUAAAAGAUGUGCGGGUCUAUUACGAACUGUGGCGCCAUAUCAACGGCUUUCCGCCUGAAUAUUACGUAUCAAACAAUGAUAAUAUAAAGAAACAGCCAUAA